GGCGGCCGGUGCAGCCAUAGCUGCCAUCUUAGGGACGCCUCUCGUUGCGGCCUUCACGUUGAGGCGGCCUCCGUGGCAGCUCAAGACCUCGAGGACAGGCAGAAAGCGCGCUGGCCGACGGCUUUCCUUCCUCCGGCCUCGUCGGGAGCGGGAAGCCGGCGUCCGCGCGCGGAGGCGAAGGGCGCCGGGCGCGUGAGGGGGCCCGAGGCCGGCGGUUAGCCCGGGAAGAUGGGCCGGUCCCGCAGCCGGAGCUCGUCGCGCUCCAAGCACACCAAGAGCAGCAAGCACAACAAGAAGCGCAGCCGCUCCCGGUCGCGGUCGCGGGACAAGGAGCGCGUGCGGAAGCGCUCCAAGUCCCGGGAGAGUAAGCGGACGCGGCGGCGGGAGUCCCGCUCGCGCUCGCGCUCCACCAACACGGCCGUGUCCCGGCGCGAGCGCGAGCGGGAGCGCGCCUCGUCCCCGCCGGACCGCAUCGACAUCUUCGGGCGCACGGUGAGCAAGCGCAGCAGCCUGGACGAGAAGCAGAAGCGCGAGGAGGAGGAGAAGAAAGCCGAGUUCGAGCGGCAGCGGAAGAUUCGGCAGCAGGAAAUAGAAGAAAAACUCAUUGAGGAAGAAACGGCGCGAAGAGUGGAAGAAUUGGUGGCAAAAAGAGUAGAGGAAGAAUUGGAGAAAAGGAAGGAUGAAAUUGAGCGAGAAGUUCUCCGAAGGGUGGAGGAAGCCAAGCGCAUCAUGGAAAAGCAGUUGCUCGAAGAACUCGAGCGACAGAGACAAGCUGAGCUUGCAGCACAAAAAGCUAGAGAGGAGGAAGAACGUGCAAAACGUGAGGAGCUAGAGCGAAUACUGGAAGAGAAUAACCGAAAAAUUGCAGAAGCACAAGCCAAACUGGCUGAAGAACAGUUGAGAAUUGUUGAAGAACAAAGAAAGAUUCAUGAGGAAAGGAUGAAACUAGAACAAGAGCGACAGCGUCAGCAAAAAGAAGAACAAAAAAUUAUCCUGGGCAAGGGGAAGUCCAGGCCAAAACUGUCCUUCUCAUUAAAAACCCAGGAUUAAAUUGCAAACUCUGAACUUUUUACGAAGAAAAUGGAAAAACUUUGUAUGGUAGCUUCAUGUUGAAGUGGUUUUUUUUUUUUUUUCCUUUUUUUUUUUUUUUUUUUUUUUUAAUUUGGAAAAUCUGGAAAGUUAGCUUGUUCUAAUAGGGGCUAUGCUCUGCAAUUCCUUUUUUUCCCCCCUUUUCCUUCCAUUAAGUCAAAUCCUUAUCAGAUCAUUGUUAUCUUCUAAAAAGUGAUAUAUUUUUCACCAGUUUGGAUUCUACUAGUGGUCUGAAGAACAGCAGAUCACUUUGUGUACUAUGGAUGGUCUGAUAAGGUUUUUACUGACCCUCUGACUUCAGAGUUAUACUCUGUUUAUUACAUCAUAAUGCUGGUUUUGCUGACUUUUUGUUUUUUUAUAUAUUUAUAAAAAAAGAAAAAGUUGGUAAUUGCAUUGGAAAAUUCCCAGGGUAUUUCUGGACCUGUGUGGUGUAUUGUUAAACCAGUGUCCUUGUGAUACUGUUGCUCUUGAUGUUCCUGAUACAGGUAAGGAAAUAGUUGGUCAACCCUGAUACAAAAUAUAUAUACAUUUCAGUAUUGUCUCUGUUCAAUUUGUUUUUAUUUCAUUGACAAAAUCAAACCAGCAUUCCCCAUUGUGUAAAUAAAUGAUUUUGCUGAAUAAAGUAAAGUCUUAAAUUCA